CAGCACUGAGCCUUGACAGCGUGGAGGAGACCCUCGAGGAAGCGAGUCCAACCCGGGUCUGAGGCAUCGGUCCUCCAGGCUGUUGCUGGGCGACGGCGCCUCGGUUCGCAGGGGUUCUGCCACCCUGCGUUGCGUCUGAGGCGGAGGCACCGCGACACGUAACGUGUGAAUCCGCCUCCCUCCCUUCUUCCCCCCACCCAUUUUUUAUUAUUAUUCUCGCGGUCCUCCCAUCCUCCCCUUUCCCCCAUAUUGCCUAUAUCUCCAUCGGGGGAAGGGAAGAGCAGGAGUCUCGACGGCGCCUCUCUGCGCCCCCCCCCCCGCUUUUCUUCCUCUUCCUCCUCCUCCUCCUCCUCCUCUCCGCCAUGUAGACCCCAGGGGCCCCCUUUCUGCUUUUCGCAUGGAGCGGGCUCCUUGACGUCAGCUCUAUGAAUAUUGCACGAAGAAGCCGGCUGGCCAGAGCGACGGCGGCGACUCGAUGUAGACCGGGGCUCUAUGCCGGGGGGGACCACGGCGGAGGGGGAGGAGGAGGAGGGGGGCAGGAGGAAGCCUUGAUCGCCGCCGCUUUGGAGAAGGAGGAGACCCGCAGGCUGCUGGCCGAGAGAGGAGGAGGAGGAGGAGGAGGAGGAGGCGGCGGCGGAGGGGGCCCGGUCCGCCCCUGCAGCGGCCCCGCGGGCUUCGUGCUCCUGCUGCCCCCGCCGCCCCCGCGGGAGGAGGAGGCGGCGGCGGCGGGGCUGGGAGGCUGCGCCCUGCUCCCCUCUCCCCGCGAGGGCGGGCCCACCCCGCUGGGCGAAUGUGACCUGGGCGCCCGGCACUGGGGCAGCGGGAGGGGGGGACGCCUGCCCGGGAGCGCCGCCUCGGCCGGACCCGCCGCCAACGCGCUCCUCCCGCCCGCGCCCGCCCCGCGGCUCCUGCCCGCCUCCAACCCAGGCGCACCGGGCCCGGGCCCGGCCUCCAGCAUGUCCGCCGCCAAGGAGAGGCCGCCCAAGAGCAAAGCGCCCACCAAGGAGAGCGUCACCCUCUUGCCCUGCUUCUAUUUCGUCGAGUUACCCAUACUAGCAUCUUCUGUUGUUAGCCUCUAUUUCCUUGAGCUGACAGAUGUCUUCAAGCCAGUUCAUUCUGGAUUCAGCUGCUAUGACAGGAGUUUGAGUAUGCCAUACAUUGAACCUUCCCAAGAGGCUGUUCCCUUCUUGAUGUUACUUAGUCUGGCUUUUGCUGCACCAGCCAUUACGAUCAUGGUGGGUGAAGGCAUUCUCUACUGCUGCCUUUCAAAACGCCGGAACGGUAUCAGCGCUGAAGCCAAUAUCAAUGCAGGGGGCUGUAACUUCAACUCUUUCCUCAGGAGAGCUGUCCGUUUUGUUGGUGUCCACGUAUUUGGCCUUUGUGCCACUGCUCUCAUCACUGAUAUUAUACAGCUGUCAACGGGGUAUCAAACACCAUAUUUCCUGACUGUAUGCAAGCCUAACUAUACAUCCCUCAAUGUAUCCUGCUCAGAAAAUUCUUACAUUGUGGACGAUAUUUGCUCAGGACCUGAUCCCAUGAUCAUCAACGAUGGAAGAAAGUCAUUCCCUUCACAACACGCCACUCUGGCAGCCUUUGCAGCUGUGUACGUUUCGAUGUACUUCAAUUCAACGUUAACCGAUUCCUCUAAACUCCUGAAACCACUUCUAGUGUUUGCAUUUAUCAUUUGCGGGAUCAUUUGUGGACUGACUCGCAUCACCCAGUACAAAAACCAUCCAGUUGAUGUUUAUUGUGGCUUUUUAAUCGGGGGUGGAAUUGCCCUUUACUUGGGCUUCUAUGCUGUGGGGAACUUUCUACCAAGUGAAGACAAUAUGCUUAAUCCAAACCCCCAUCGAGAACCACUGAGGUCUUUGACAGACCUGAGCCAAGACGCCAGCAGAAUCUUACCAGGGAAAAACAGUAGCAGCAAUGAUGCCAUUUCCACUCACCAUCCUGAGAGUAUGUUGAACAGGAACCACAGAGAAACUGGCUCUCUGACCAACCUCAAAAGAGGAAAUGCUGAUGUGGAGAUUAUAACCCCACGAAGCCCAAUGGGAAAGGAGAACAUGGUCACUUUCAGCAACACUCUGCCAAGAGCCAACACACCUGCAAUGGAAGAAUCAGCUCGACGGAAUGCAACUAUUCAUGCCUCUAUGGAUUCAGCCCGCUCAAAGCAGCUACUCACUCAAUGGAAGAACAAGAAUGAAAGCCGGAAGUUGUCCUUGCAAGUGAUAGAAACAGAUUCUGGACAAUCACCACCUCGAGCAAUUGAGAUGAGGUCAAGCUCUGAGCCAUCCAGAGUUGGUGUCAAUGGAGAUCAUCAUGGUCCUACCAACCAGUACCUAAAAAUCCAACCUGGUAGUAUGCCAGGGUGUAACAGUGCAGGUCUGUCUGGUGGGCCAAGGGUUUCCAUUCAGUCACGCCCAGGUUCUUCACAGCUUGUGCAUAUUCCUGAAGAGACACAGGAAAAUGUAAACACAUCUCCCAAAACAAGUUCUGCUCGUGCAAAGUGGUUGAAAGCUGCUGAGAAGACAGCUGGGUGCAGAACCAAUAGCCAGCCAAGGAUCAUGCAGGUCAUUGCUAUGUCGAAGCAGCAAGGAGUCCUUCAGGGCAGCCCACAAAGCUCUGAAGGCAGUACGGUCACCUGUACUGGAUCGAUCCGAUAUAAGACCUUGACAGACCAUGAGCCGAGCAGUAUCGUAAGAAUAGAGGCCCACCCUGAGAACAACCGACCCAUCAUUCAGAUGCCAUCAGAAGGAGAAGGGAGUGGCUCAUGGAAAUGGAAAGCACCUGAGAAAGGAAGUCUUCGUCAAACAUACGAGCUCAACGAUCUCAACAGAGACUCAGAGAGCUGUGAAUCUUUGAAAGACAGUUAUGGAUCUGGGGACAGAAAACGAAGUAACAUCGACAACAGUGAACACCAUCAUCAUGGGAUGACCACAAUAAGGGUCACACCAGUAGAAGGCAGCGAGAUUGGUUCAGAGACCCUGUCCAUUUCCUCCAGCCGUGAUUCUACACUUCGAAGAAAAGGUAAUAUCAUUUUAAUUCCAGAAAGAGGAAGCAGUCCAGAGAACACCAGGAACAUCUUCUACAAAGGGACGUCUCCUACAAGAGCCUACAAAGAAUGAGAGUUGGUGCUUUGGUCGAGCCAUACAACUAACACUCAAUACUGUUUGGUACAAGGUUUUUGCUCUCUCUCUCUCUUUAUUAUUUUAUUUUUUUGAGCUGAUGCUGAAAUAUUCUUGAUGUGCCAAAAUAUCGACCAUCAGCCUGACUGUUUAUGGAUGUUGCUGAUGUGUAGUAAUUGUGCAUGAAUUUGUGGAUUUCAUGUCGCAGGGGGGGGAAAGCACAAAGCAAGAACCUAAUGAAUGGGAAAUUUCCUAAUGUGGUUUUUUUUUCAGAGACUCAAAAGAUUUUUCCGAUGGGAAUGAUGUCAACAAAAAGAGCAAUCUUAAAUACAGACACCUUAAUUCCUGAAUGUGCCAACUUGUUGAUUUAUAUCAGUCUAAGGACAAACGAGAGGUGAUUUUUUAAUUUUUAAAAAAGCAAAAGCUGUUGUACUUCACCUUUGCGGGUUUUGCACCAAAAUUUAAUACAAGUCGGUGCUGAUUCUAACCUUACCUUUUUAGACAACGUACAUACCUGCUCUACAAACACAUGAUGUUUUGAUAUGUAAUUCCUUUUCAAGUGAUAUUGCUGAAAAAUAUGAUGUUGGCUGCAUUCAUUUAGAGUAGAAAAUAAAAUAUUGACAGCUUUGUUAUAGUGGAAUGUUCACAUUAAGAGAUAGAAAAGAUUAUGUGUAGUACCUUUGAAAUGUUUCCUGAAACAAAAACAGACAUGGAUGAUAGCCCAUGGGAAUGGAAUCAUUUUCUCUUCAAAUUAGUUUUUCUGUUUAGUCGCAGGUGCUAAAAACCAAGAGGUGACAUUUUAGUGAGCUAAUCUGGACAUAGUUUAAGUAUUGUGGUAGUGUUUCUAAAAAACAGGGAUCGCUUUCAGCACUAAUUUGCAUCCUUUAUUUUUAACAGCUCCUUGGUUUUCUCACUGCUGAUUUUUCCUUUUUUAAAAAUGCAUCAAUGAGUAACUAGUGCUUUACACUGAUAAUGCACUUUUGUUGUCGAAACGAAAAUAACAACAGGCUACCUAACCCUCUAGCAAUGCUGAACAGGUAUGGGAAUAUCUUUGAUGUGGCUGGAGCUCAUCUUUCUGUGUGCACCCACUGCUUUCUUUUUAUCCUGCCAGAAGUUGUGCUGCAGCCAUUGUCUCCUAUAUUAGAUAAUGUAGCACAACUGGAGAAGCAAGGUGUCUGUAACAUACUUGCUUGACUAUUCUUUAGACUGGUGAAAUGGCCUAUGGAGAUGAGAGCUGAAAAAUGGUGGCUGCAGAGCAGCCCAGUGAGUGACCCAUCUUGCUGUGUCCUAUCACAGGUUGGUUUUUGUCAUCUCACACUAAAAGCAAGGUGAUACUGAGCCAGCAAAGUGUUCAUUUUUCAAUUUCCUUGUGUCACUAUGUAACACCUGUCUUCCUCUGAGUUCUUAAUAUCUUAGAUAGCAUACAAAACUCUAAAAGGGAGCUGAGGCAGAUGGUAGAUGGUAGACCCAGAAUACUUUGGGGACAAAUUAAAAAUGAAGCUCACACUCAGAA